GUGUAGGUAUCAAGAGCUUGGGACAACAAUUUUUUCUCAAAUCCAAUUGUUUAACGCAUUGACCUCGACCUUGCAGCGCAGUUUUAUCGCAGGUCUAUCUUCUUUGUCUUGACCCCUUACAUCAUUUUUUAUCAUUCAUAUGCGCGGGUCAUAAAACGCUUAUAAAAAGGACGUCUCACACUAAACGUUUUCUGCUUGUAAAAGAACUGAAUCUGCGAUCAUGAAAACGAUUUGCACAGUGGUUAUAUUUACAACAUUGUGGCACGGUUUUCAGACCGAGACAGAUGAACUAAAAUUGGUUGUGGCACUUUUUAGGCAUGGAGAUAGGACACCGGCGAGAUUAGCGACGUACCCUAAAAACCCAUACGCCAACUUGACUUACAGCCCGUAUGGUCGGGGUGAACUUACUGAUCAUGGAAGAACACGGGCGUACCUACUAGGCAAUACACUAAGAACAAUGUAUAAUAAAUAUCUAGAUGGAGUUGAAGUAAAAGCCGUAAGUACUGAUUUUAACAGAACAAAAGACAGUUUGUACUUAGUUCUAAACGGGCUGUUUGACGACAACCACAACUUCAAUCGCAGUCAUCCUUUAAAACACUUUAAUCUUGAAAUUACACCAGUCCAAAAUAACAGACUUCUGUCGUUUCCAUUUUUUUAUUGUCCUCGGUACCAAGAAAUUUACAAGCAGUAUGAAACAUCCGAAGAGGGAAGAAAAUUAUUAAAAAAGUAUGCAGCAAAAUUUUCCUACAUAUACAAGCACACAGGGGUCAAUAUCACGAAUCUAUGGCAGUUACUGCCUAUUUUUGAAAGUAUCAAAUCUAAUAAAGAAUGGGGGAUAAAGAUACCUACUUGGGCAAAACCAGUUUAUCAGUACUUAAUGUCUGCAGGUGAAGAUUUUUAUAUGUCGACGGUAGCGUUACCAGGCCUCAACAAACUGUUUGGAGGUGUUUUGCUCAAUGAAAUCUUACGUAACAUCGGGACGGAUAUAGAAACAAAAAGACUCUUCUUGUAUUCUGCACAUGAUUUGAAUCUUUUUGGAUUAUUAGGGGCAAUGGAACUCCACUGGCCGCACAUUCCGCAUUACACCGCGUGCAUUAUAAUAGAAUUACACCAGAUAGGUCACAUUCCUUACGUAAAGGUGUUGUAUCAAGCAGAUUAUUCAAAAGGUUUUAAAGAAAUGAAGCUACCUGAAUGCGAUGUGCUCUGUCCACUAGAAAAAUUUAAAAAUACCGUCUAUAGAAACAUCCCUGGCGACAAUGACACCUGUUAGCUAAACAGGAUACGAUUUUCUUGGUUGAUUCACAGGGUUUCAUUUUUUUUAUCAACUGUUAUCUUUUAUUUUCUGUUUGAUAAAUCAAUAAAUGAUCUUAGUAAGCAAUACGCUUUUUUAAUGCGAGAUAGUGUUCAAUAUUACAAUUUCUGGUGAACCUUAUACCAUUAUUUAGUAUCUUUCUGAAUAUGUUAAGAUUCCUGAUGCUUCAA